AUGCGUGCCAGAAUUCGCAUGAGGCACCAGGGCUCACCAAAACAGUUGACGAGAGUGGGAUUCGAACCCACGCCCCCGAAGGGACUGGUGCCUAAAACCAGCGCCUUAGACCGCUCGGCCAUCUCGCCAUACAUACUCGUCGAAGGCAGCAGUUCAAAUGGAAUUCCCAGAUUUUCCACAGUUCCACAUCCGUGGCAGAAUUCGCAUGAGGCACCAGGGCUCACCAAAACAGUUGACGAGAGUGGGAUUCGAACCCACGCCCCCGAAGGGACUGGUGCCUUAAACCAGCGCCUUGGACCGCUCGGCCAUCUCGCCACAUCAAGAGCGGCCAUCUGCAAUACCGUCGAAGGCAGCAGUUCAAAUGGAAUUCCCAGAUUUUCCACAGUUCCACAUGCGUGCCAGAAUUCGCAUGAGGCACCAGGGCUCACCAAAACAGUUGACGAGAGUGGGAUUCGAACCCACGCCCCCGAAGGGACUGGUGCCUUAAACCAGCGCCUUGGACCGCUCGGCCAUCUCGCCACAUCUCAAUUCCGGAAGGCAGCAGUUCAAAUGGAAUUCCCAGAUUUUCCACAGUUCCACAUGCGUGCCAGAAUUCGCAUGAGGCACCAGGGCUCACCAAAACAGUUGACGAGAGUGGGAUUCGAACCCACGCCCCCGAAGGGACUGGUGCCUAAAACCAGCGCCUUAGACCGCUCGGCCAUCUCGCCAUACAUACUCGUCGAAGGCAGCAGUUCAAAUGGAAUUCCCAGAUUUUCCACAGUUCCACAUGCGUGCCAGAAUUCGCAUGAGGCACCAGGGCUCACCAAAACAGUUGACGAGAGUGGGAUUCGAACCCACGCCCCCGAAGGGACUGGUGCCUAA